AUGGCUCGCUUUGCGUCAAAAGCCUUCGCACUCGCAGCCGUCGUGGCCGUUGCUAUGUGGACUCAGACCGCUUUGAAGGCAUUCUGCGGCAGCUUUUUGAGCCGACCGGAAGGAGGAUCCCAGACCGCCUGCAAGGGAUGGCGCUUGGACAAGAUCGAGGUUGGGCCCACGGGCAUCGGUCAGCUUGUCGUGGCAGAGGGCUUCUUCAUCGGUGAGAAGGACAUGUACCAGAUUUGCAACAAGCAGGGCCGCCGCUACCGCAUGCGGCCUUACGCUGAGGAGCGCAAGACAGAUGGCUCCGUUCCCGGCAUCUUCCAGCUUGGGCCUUUCAAGAUCCACCUCGAGCAGGCCUUCCGCGGUGGCGCCGGGCCCUUCUCCAUCGCUUCCGAGCGCCCUGAGGGCUAUUCGGGCAACGGCGGCACCGCCGGAUGGGGUGAGGACAUUCCCACCAAGGGCGGCUACGGUCGUUGA